GCCGGUGCAGGGUAGGUGUGUGGUUGCAGCAGUGCAGCGCGAGGGCGACCGAGGUGCCGUUGGCCAGGAUCUGUUGGGCAGAGCAUACAACAAAAGGAAUGACUGUGAACACUCCAGCGCUCUGUUUCAGAAGCAAGAAAAUUCUUGCUCCCAUGGUGCGGGUUGGAACAUUACCCAUGCGUCUUUUGGCUUUGGAUUUUGGUGCUGAUAUUGUGUAUUGUGAGGAGCUGAUUGACAUAAAGAUGGUGCAGUGCAAAAGAGUUGUAAAUGAGGUGCUUGAAACAGUGGACUUUGUAGCGCCUAACGAAAGAGUUGUUUUCAGAACGUGUGUGAGAGAGAGAGAUUGUGUUGUCUUUCAAAUGGGAUCAGCAGAUGCUGAGAGAGCCUUGGCUGUAGCCAAGCUUGUAGAGAAUGAUGUAGCUGGGAUUGAUGUCAACAUGGGCUGUCCAAAAGAAUAUUCUACUAAGGGAGGUAUGGGAGCAGCGCUGCUGUCUGAUCCUGACAAAAUUGAGUGUAUUCUGAGUACCUUGGUUAAAGGAAUUUGUAAACCAGUGACCUGCAAAAUCCGAAUCUUGCCUUCGCUUGAAGACACUAUAAGCCUGGUGAAGAGGAUAGAAAAGACUGGUGUUGCUGCCAUUGCAGUCCAUGGAAGGAAGAAGGAGGAGAGGCCUCAACAUCCUGUCCACUGUGAAGUGAUCAAAGCCAUCUCUGAGGCAGUCUCUGUUCCUGUAAUAGCAAAUGGAGGAUCUCAUGACUUCAUCAAAGAAUAUACUGACAUUGAAGCCUUCCAACAAGCAGCAGGUGCUUCAUCGGUAAUGAUAGCUCGUGCUGCCAUGUGGAACCCAUCCAUCUUCAGAAGAGAAGGCCUUUGUUCCUUGAAGGAAGUCAUGCAAGAAUACAUCAAAUACGCAGUGAGAUAUGAUAAUCACUAUACCAACACAAAGUACUGUCUGUGUCAGAUGUUAAGAGAACAGUUAGAAACCACAGAGGGAAAGAAACUGCAUGCUGCACAGUCGACUCAAGAAAUCUGUGAAGUCUUUGAAAUGGGCAGUUUCUAUGAAGAAACAACAGCUAUUCUGGAAGCUAAGGCAUCAUUAAAGGCCAAGACACAAGAUGAAGAUGAGCAGAUGGAAGACACAGAUGUGAUAAAAAUGGCUGUUAGAUUUGACAAGCGAGAAUAUCCACCACAGAUUACUCCCAAAAUGUAUCUCUUAGAAUGGUGUAGGAAGGCGAAGCACCCACAACCUGUUUAUGAAACUGUUCAAAGACCAUUAGAUAAAUUAUUCUGUUCAGUUGUCACAGUAGCUGAACAAAAAUAUAGAUCAACCUUAUGGGACAAGUCAAAGAAGCUAGCAGAACAGGCUGCAGCUAUAGUCUGUCUUAGGACUCUGGGUCUCCCAGAGGGGAAGCUUAACGAGGGAGAAAACCACCUGAUUAACAAACGCAAGAGAGAGAACGAGGAGUUCCUGAACAACAAAGAACAUGAAGAUGACCACCUUGUUGAGGCUUCACAUAAAAGAGCUCAUUUUACUGAGGGAGCUUCUGACUCCAGCUCUUCUGAGGUGCCACGAUAG